AUGUCUCACUCCCACUCGCACGACGGAGCUCACUCCCACUCUCACGAUGCCGUGGACCACGGACACACUCAUGAGAUUCUGGACGGACCUGGCUCCUUCUUGGGCCGAGAAAUGCCCAUUGUGGAAGGCCGAGACUUCAGCGAGAGAGCUUUCACAGUCGGUAUUGGUGGCCCCGUUGGAUCCGGAAAGACAGCCCUGAUGCUAGCCCUCUGUCUUGCUCUCCGCGAAAAGUACAACAUUGCCGCUGUUACCAACGACAUCUUCACCCGCGAGGACUGCGAGUUCCUGACCAGACACAAGGCUUUGCCUGCUGAACGUAUCCGCGCUAUCGAGACUGGAGGCUGUCCUCAUGCCGCUGUGCGUGAGGAUAUUUCUGCAAACUUGGCUGCAUUGACGGAUCUACAUCGCGAGUUCAACACACAACUGCUGCUUAUCGAGUCUGGCGGUGACAACUUGGCUGCAAACUACAGUCGUGAGCUUGCCGACUUUAUCAUCUAUGUCAUCGAUGUUUCUGGAGGUGACAAGAUUCCUCGCAAGGGUGGUCCUGGUAUCACCCAGUCUGAUUUGCUGAUUGUCAACAAGACUGAUCUGGCCGAAUUGAUCGGCGCUGAUCUUGGAGUUAUGGACAGAGAUGCAAGGAAGAUUAGAGAGGGCGGACCCACUAUCUUCGCACAGGUCAAGAACGGCAAGGGGGUUGAUCACAUUGUUGAUUUGAUCUUGAGUGCAUGGAGAAGCAGCGGUGCAAGCCAAGCAAAUCCUCAAUAG